UGUCAUUCUUCUUUUGAUCUAGAAUUAGGACAGCAAAGUAGUAAGUCAAGAAUGUGAGAGCCUACAAUCAACCCAUCCGAUCAGACAAGGGCACCCAAACCAUACUCUCGGGAUCAUGAUCAAGCAUUGGGGCUAGUUAUCUCUUCCCGGUAUCGUUAGGCGAAGUGACAUCGGAGUAUUUUAUCGGCACUCGAGGACACAGACGGGAAGUCCGCCGGAAAACUCGCCUCGAAUGUAUCAUUUGUUGGUUUGUCUUUCUGCAAUGGAUCGCUGAUUUUAAGGGUAUAUUUCCUUUCACUUGGUCAUUUGUGGAGCCUUUGGACAGUUCUCUUUUCUCUCAAAAGUCAAUGCGUCAAAAUGGUUGAAUUAAGAAAGCGGAAAGCGCCAGCGCAACCUCUCAAGACGGAACAGAAGAGCAAGCGCGUCCAGAAAUCUAGCCCAGCGUCGAGGAGAGUGCCCAAGAUUGUUAAUGCAGAUAGCUCUCGUGCCGGCGCAUCUGACGGUUUUCACCUUGAAAUUCCGAAACCUGGAGAGAAGCUCGACCUGAAUCAAUUUGGUGGUGAAUUUGAGAGUCAUGAUGGGACGAAGGUCAGACUGAAGGAUCUUGUCGACAGUAGCAAGGCUGGUGUCGUGUUAUUCACAUAUCCCAGAGCUUCUACUCCUGGAUGUACAAGGCAAGCCUGUCUCUUUCGCGACAGUUAUGAGUCUCUGACUGCAACUGGGUUGUCAAUUUACGGUCUUUCAGCAGAUUCUCCGAAAGCAAACACCACUUUCAAGGUAAAACAGAAGUUACCUUAUACACUUUUGUGCAAUCCUUCCUAUACAUUGAUAGAAGCUCUUGGAUUUAAAAAAAUGCCCAAAGGGACAAAAAGGGGAGUUUUCGCUAUAAACAAGCAAGGAAAGGUUCUCCUACUUCAAACCGGUGGUCCCGAUGCAACAUAUGAGGCUGCGCAACAGAUUGUGGCUACCUCUGGGAAAGCGGACCAGGAAAAUGCUUAGAGGUGCGAAUGAAGCCGAGUCCCUGAUGGUACACAAGAAAAAUGGCCGUUGGUUUGAUACAGGAUUAUAGUAAGUGCCAGGCCAGCACUUGAUUUGGAUUGUUCCUAGUGCUCCCAGGGUCUGUUAGGAUAUCCCGG